GCGUAAUGUAUUUCAACGGACCACUUCUGAAAUGGAAAAAAGUAUACAAGCAUGAACUGUAAAGAAAAACACAAUACACGCGUGUCCCUUUAAAAGUGAGUUUGCAGCGCGUACUGGAAUGAGGUCAGACACGAAGCUCCUCAUUGCACGCGCCGAUUAUUAUUAGGCUGCGCUCUCCGCCAAUAGGCGCGCAGCGGGCGUGGCCGCUGGCGCGAGAGAGGCCGGAGACAGCUGCCGAUUGGCUCCGCUCCGUCGCCAUUAUAUCUCUGGGAAAGGAUAAAGCAGCGCGAGGCGGAACUGUUGUCUGCUGUAACGCGCGGCGGCUGUGGAUGGAAAGCGGGACGUAGAAACGAAAGCGUGUGUUGCGCGCGCGCGUGUUAUCUUUUCCCUCCCCUACAAACCGCCUGCUCUUCCCGCAUGGUGCAGAAGGAGAGGGGAAGGCUAAUGCAAAAAGAGACUCGUGUUAUACUUUGGAAAACUCGAAGAAAGCUGCGCCGCGUGCGCUGUCGCGCUCUUGCGCGAGACCGUAUAACUUCAUAAUAAGUGCUUGUACAAGAGAGUCAGACUCAAGACUGACAUACAGAUCUUGUUUGGGAAUUAGGAUUUUUCUUUAACUUAAAAAGAAAAACGGUCCCUGGAAACUGUGAGCUUUUUCCUCUCUUGAACCCUACAAGGAACUUUUUUUUCGUCUUUAAAAAGUGCUCCAAAUUGUCGUUCGAACCCGUUGCCGCUGUGCCACUCUCAGGACUGAUAUAAGUUGAAACCGAGGGCGCAGAGAAGUUGAGCGCACGCCACGAGCUCCUCGGCAACCGCGAGGCGCACGCACGCUUGCGCUGCCGCCUCAUCCAGCCGGUGCGCGCUCGCGCUCGCACCCGCAUCCGGGCCCCAUGGUGCAGAAAACGAGCGGCGCCGAGAGCGCGGAGGCACUCUUCGCGGGGGAGUCCACGGAUUCGGCGGCCGUGGACGCGGACGCGGCUUCCUCCCCGGCGCCGGGCUCCACGGCGCACGCGGGCGACAAGCUGGACCCGGGCUGGUGUAAGACUCCCAGCGGUCACAUCAAGCGGCCCAUGAACGCGUUCAUGGUGUGGUCGCAGAUCGAGCGCCGGAAGAUCAUGGAGCAGUCGCCGGACAUGCACAACGCGGAGAUCUCGAAGCGCCUGGGGAAGCGCUGGAAGCUGCUCAAGGACAGCGACAAGAUCCCGUUCAUCCGCGAGGCGGAGCGCCUGCGGCUCAAGCACAUGGCCGACUACCCCGACUACAAGUACCGGCCCAGGAAGAAGGUCAAGUCCGGCGGCUCCAAGGCGGUGGAGAAGGGGAGCGGCAGCCCCGGCUCCGCAUCCAAGCCCCCGCUGAAGAAGAGCGGCGGCGGGGGCGGCUCCUCCAAGUCGGGCAAGCCGCACAAGGUGGUGGUGGGGACUCCGCGAGGCGCGCUGCCGGAGCAGACCCCCAGCCCCGCGGGAGCAGACCACCACACUCUGUACAAGUCCAAGUCCGUGUCGUCGUCGUCGUCCUCCUCCUCCGCCAAGCAGGUGGACCGGAAGGCGAAGCGCGUGUUCGUCUUCGGCGGAGGGGGGGCGGCCGUGCCCUCGAGCCCCACUCUGAGCAGCUCAGCCGAGUCCAGCGACCCCCUCAGUUUGUACGAGGACGGGGCGGCUGGGGGCAAGGAGUGCGCUGAGGAGCCGCCCCCCCACGGCGCGUGCAAUACCAGCGAGCACCAUCAUCAUCACCACCACCUCCUCCACCGGUACGCCAGCGCGCGCGCCUCCUCGCCAACCCCGUCCGCGUCCCACUCCUCGUCCUCAUCGCACUCCUCCUCCUCCUCCUCUUCUUCCUCGGACGAAGAGCUCGAGGACGAGCUGCCGGACAUGAACGCGAGUCCCGGCUUCGAUAGCAUGUCGCUGGGCAGCCUGGGCUCGGCCGCGCUCGACAGGGACCUGGACUUCAACCUGGAAUCCGGCUCCGGCUCCCACUUCGAGUUCCCCGAUUACUGCACCCCCGAGGUGAGCGAGAUGAUCUCGGGGGACUGGCUCGAGUCGACCAUCUCCAACCUGGUGUUCACCUACUGAGCCCACGGCCGCGAGGGAAUAUACAUAUAUAUCCAUCUGUCUAUCAGUAUAUACGAUUUGCGCUGAAGAUCCCGGACAGGUGAGCUUGUUCGCACCUGGAGCGGACCGGUGUGUGCGGAGGACAGUCACAGCUGGAGCGACGGGAGCGCGCACGCUUUCUUUGCGUCGCAUUUCGAAGACUCCCGGACUGGAGCAGAAGUUACUUAGUAUCCUUCCGAAAGAAGAACGAGCUACAAAGUAUCCUUCAUGAAGACGAGAUGUUACAAAGUGUCAAGUGUGAAGUUGGAGGAGCGACCGGGGGUCCGGCUGACACGAAACACUCAGUCCGAACUGGAAAACUGUGAUUUUGCACGUCCGUGAUGAAGAGGAAGACGACGGUCGACUCCUUCUGAUAUACGAUCAAUUGUUCUUAAUAAAAGGACAUUUGAGGACUUUUAGUGGCCAAUGAACUUCUUUACAUAAGGGGUACAGAAAUAGGCUCUUAAAGCAGUUUUUUCUUUCUCAUCGUGAUGGAUUUUGUCAAGGUGGGUUGACCUUAAAAUAUUUGAAAACAAAAAAAGAAACGCAUGUUAUCCUGUCCUUUUUUUUUUUUUUUUUAAAUAAAACGGAUUCUGUUUAAAAACUGUCGGACAGUAAAAUAAGUGAGACUAGUGUUAGGGUUAUUUAAGUGGCUAGAUGGCGCUAUGUUUGAUUCCUAUGAAAUGGGGAGGAAAAAGAAAUCAAUCACCAGCUGUUUUCAUGAACUUCAGGAUUCAAACGGAACUCAAAAUCUGUGCUUUUAAACUUUAUACUUAAAACAAUUCAGGACCAAAAUUCUUUAGAGUUGGUUUCUCAGAUGUUAAAGUGGAGAGAAUUCUCACUUUUUUUAAAAAAAAAAAAAAACAUCUUUUUUUUUUUU